AUGGCAGACUGGUCAGGCUACUCAUCGCCUCAUGCAAUGGAUUUGGAUGCUAAUCAAAACAUAGUAAUCGGAGGAGUUCGUUCAUUCUACACAUUAAACGAAAAAUUUACUGAUGAUGAUGCAGUCUACUUUCAAUACUAUGGAUCAUCAGGGAAAAAGUGGCUGAAAUAUUAUCCAGAUAAUAAUUAUAAGACUGUUCAGACAAUAUAAUUUGCUUAAGGCUCUGGGAGAAUAGUGCCCCUGACUCUUACUUAUACUAAUUGA